AUGGAAGAUAACUUUGAAAGAGCUCUGAAUGGGUGUAAAGGAGUACAGGGAUCCAAAGAAGUUGAUAUAGAGCGACCCAGACGAAGAGAGAGUGACAAUAGGACAUGUUGGCAAUGGUUGGUCAGCCUUGCGCUAUAUGCAUCUGCGCUUGGGCUGGGAAUGGCCAUCUCAGUAUUAGGACCUACCCUUGAAGAUCUGGCUACUAACGUUAACAAAAACAUUAGUGAUUUGUCUUAUAUAUUUGUGGGCCGUUCAUCGGGAUACGCUGGGGGCUCUUUGAUAGGAGGUAUCCUGUUUGAUUUUGUGAAUCCACAUUUGUUGCUGGGCUUCUCCUUAUUGGUGACAGCAUCUGGGAUGUUUGGGACUCCAUUCUGUAAAAAUGCUUGGUUGCUCACUGCUCUGAUAUCCAGUGUAGGUGGGUCAAUGGGAGUUAUAGACACAGGUGGUAAUGUUGUCAUAUUGGAGACGUGGGGAGAGCAGGCUGGGCCUCACAUGCAGGCUUUGCAUUUCAGCUUUGCUAUUGGAGCUUUUGCCUCCCCAAUAAUAGCCAAGCUGCUGUUUGGCGACAAGCCAGGCAAAAAUCUCCUCACUGAUGCUUCAUCUGAAAACUCAUCCAUUAUCAUCCCUCCAUCCUCCCAUUCCACAAGAUCAAUUCCAACUUCAAUGUGGGCCUAUAUUGUAAUUGGUGCAUUUGUUUUAUUGGUGUCACUCUUCUUUUUCAUCCUUCACUUUCGCAGUCCCCCCAUCUCAAACCGGAAAAAGACACUUAAUGGAAAGCAGAUGUUCUCCAAACACCACAAUAUUCUCAUAUUCCUGCUCUCUAUGUUCUUUUUCUUCUAUGUUGGAAGCGAGGUGGCAUACGGCUCUUUUAUAUUCACAUACGCCAAAGACUAUGCCGGUAUGGAUCAGACAAGGGCAGCAGGGCUAAAUUCACUCUUCUGGGGAACGUUCGCUGCCGGACGAGGUUUGGCCAUCUUCUUUGCGGCUUGUCUUCGCCCAGGCACCCUGAUCUUGCUUAGUCUCGUAGGCACUACGGUUUCGUCACUGCUGCUUCUGCUUUUUAGCAAAAACGCCCCUAUGCUCUGGACCUGCACUGCUCUGUUUGGUGUCUCUAUGUCGACCACCUUUCCCAGCGGGAUUUCAUGGGUGGAGCAGUACACGACGGUGACGGGGCGAUCAGCUGCAGUGUUUGUGGUGGGAGCAGCAUUCGGUGAGAUGGUCCUGCCAGCUUUGGUUGGCUUUCUUCUGGGUCUGGUGCAGAAUCAGCCGUUGUUGAUGUACAUGGCGUUCGGAGCAUCCAUCUUCACAUCAGUUCUCUUUCCUGUCAUGUACAAAAUAGCUUCGCAAGGUAGGGUGCCGGGCAAAAGCAACAAAGAUGACAAUGAGUACCGCCAAACCCCACAAGACAAUGUAGAGGAGAUACAGGAACCAAACAAUAAAAAUGAAGCCACUUAAUUUAAAGAUUUUUCCAGUUUGAAAAAUGUUUAGUUUAAGUUUUAAUGUCACUUCCUGUUUUAAGUAUUGCUCAUGCUGUUCUGUCAAUAAACACAGUGUCAGCUCUUCAGCAUACUCCAUAGCCCAGCCCCUGUGUUUACGACUGUCCAUAUCCAGAUCCAUAAACAAGCAAAGAAAGACUGAAAUAUUGAAC